AUGUCAUAUACAUCUAAACUUCCUGCGUCCUGGAAUGAUAAACCCCCCUCUCGGAAGGUGGAAAUUGACCUGAGCUCACCUGGUCUUGCAGUGUUUGAGUUGGAGAGACUCUUGUUUACUGGCAAAGCCAUCAUCAGCCAUGCAGAUGAAGUUUGGCCAAGGCUUUAUGUUGGUGACCAACACAGUGCAGAGAACACAGCUGAUCUGUCCAGGCACCGUAUCACACACAUCCUGAACGCAGCUCACAGUAAACGCAGAGGACAGCCAGACAUCUAUGAGGGUAUGAACAUCACCUACAUGGGCAUAGAGGCUCACGACUCCUGUAACUUUGACAUGAGCGUCAACUUUCAUGCAGCGGCAGAUUUUAUCCACAGCGCUCUCCGCAGAGGAGGCAAAGUACUGGUGCACUGUCACGUAGGCGUGAGCCGUUCUGCCACCCUGGUCCUGGCUUACCUGAUGCUGAAGCAGAACCUGACCCUCGUGGAGGCUAUCUGUGCUGUGAAAGAGAACCGUGGUGUAAUCCCUAAUCGUGGAUUCCUCAGACAGCUAAUCAAACUAGAUGGCCAGCUGUUUGGCACACAUCACUGAACCCUGUCUGAUAGUAUUACUGGUCCGACAGCUCAGUGCUUUUGACCCUCUCUCUUAGUUCACCA